CUAACCAAAAGCACCCAGAGCAAAAGCAGCUUAUUUUCCUCGUGACUGUCCGUCUAAAGGCUUUUUGAUUAGGUCAAAGGUUCAAAUGGCGAUCAACAGAAUUGCAGUGGGAAGUUCAGCUGAGUUUGGUCAGGCUGAUGCUCUGAAAGCAGCUCUUGCUGAGUUCAUCUCAGUCCUCAUCUUUGUUUUUGCUGGUGAAGGGUCUGGCAUGGCCUUCAACAAGCUCACUGACAGUGCAUCAACCACACCGGCCGGCCUUGUAGCUGCUGCCCUAGCGCACGCCUUCGCCCUUUUUGUCGCCGUCUCAAUCGCCGCAAACAUCUCCGGCGGGCAUGUCAACCCUGCCGUCACAUUCGGUGCCUUCAUUGGUGGCCACAUCACUUUCGUCAGGACUAUCUUGUACUGGAUCGCCCAGUUGAUCGGAGCCGUCGUUGCUUGCUUGCUCCUCAAGUUUGCGACCGGCGGAUUGGAAACAUCUGCUUUCUCCCUAUCAUCUGGCGUCAGUGUAUGGAACGCUUUGGUCCUCGAAAUUGUGAUCACCUUCGGCUUGGUUUACACCGUGUACGCAACCGCCGUGGACCCCAAGAAGGGCAGCAUCGGCACCAUUGCACCCAUUGCUAUCGGUUUCAUUGUUGGUGCCAACAUCUUGGUUGCCGGUGCCUUUGACGGUGCAUCCAUGAACCCCGCAGUCUCCUUCGGCCCAGCUGUCGUCAGCUGGACAUGGGACAACCACUGGGUCUACUGGCUCGGACCAUUUAUCGGCGCUGCCAUUGCUGCCGUCGUCUACGAGCUCAUCUUCAUCGGCCCAGACACCCACGAGCAGCUCCCUACCGCAGACUACUAAGAAGUUUCAAGUUUUUUUUUUUUCUUUUUGGUUUCAGUUCAAGUUGAUGAAAUGGGUGGUGUUUGGUAACGUUUUGUAAUUUGGAUGUUGUUAAUUGUUGAAUUUGAUGUGGAAGUUGCAUUGUUUUGUUUUC